AUGGCGUUUUGCACAGUGUCACCAGCUUCUGGCCGAUGGCUGAGCAGGAUGGAGGAGAGCCAGGGUGAAGACACAUCCAAGCCAGCCAAUGGUUCACUGACCACCCACGUGCUGAACACUGCCACAGGGCUGCCAGCCACUGGCCUUGCCAUCCACGUGGCCCAGCUGCAGGAGUCUGGGACACAGUGGACAGAGCUGGCACAGAGAUGGACAGAUGAGGACGGGCGCUGUUCACCCCUCCUGGCACCAGAGCAGGUCAAAGCUGGCACCUACAAGCUGCGCUUUGAGACAGCAGCCUACUGGCAGGGCCUGGGGCACUCCAGCUUCUACCCUUUCGUGGAGGUCAUCUUCACCAUCACUGACCCAGCGCAAAAGUUCCAUGUCCCGCUGCUGAUCAGCCCCUUCUCCUACACAACCUACCGGGGCAGUUAG